AUGAAAGAUUAUCCACAGGGAUAUAUACCAAAUGUACAUCAACUAGAUGCUCUAUUGAAACGCUAUUGUUUGUGGACCAAUGAGUAUACGGAUGCUAAACUUGUUGAAAGAUUAUUUCGUCUGUUCGAUGUGGACAGAGAUAAUAAAAUUAGUUUUGCUGAUUUCUUAAUUGUAUCAAGUAUUUUACAAAAUGGAACAACUAGAGACAAAAUGAAACGUACGUAUAAUUAA